CACUUAACUUUUGAUCACUUUCGUUUUCGCUUCAUUUUCGAGCUGAGUAAUGUUCUCCAAUCCCGCUGGAAAAUUCCACAUUAAUACCUAAAAUAUACAAUUUGCCUCUGAGAAUCUGUAAUAGUUUGGCUUCCAUCAUCUUUGAUUUGAAAGUUUAACGUAUCAUUUUUCUGACUUUUUACCGUCUGAUAAAAGCAAUAAAUCUACACUUGUCUUUUGUGCAGGCGAAAUGUCAGUCUUACUGAAGGAAAUAGAGAAAUUUGAUAGAAGCGCUCCUUCUGUCUUUCAAGAGGUGGGGCUGCAGAUGGACGAUGAAAUCCAAACGCUGACCCGAGACGACCUCCAGGAUCUGUUUCCCGGAAGAAAAAAUUUUAAAUUAAGAAAGAACAUCUUUGACAUCAUUUACAAACAGAGGUCAGAUGACGUCCUCCUUAGAGAACCGAAAGACUGUUUGUCGUGGGAGUCCUUCCAAGCCACUUUGAGGGCGAACAGCGUUCUGACUGAAUACCUCAACACGUUGAAGGAGUUAAAGACCCAAGUGAAUAAUGUCCAGAUGGUCAUUGAAGCUCCUGUGGAUCAACUGGAAGAACUCAACAAAUAUCAACACCAGAAAGCCAAAAGAGGCAAAAUGUCAGUCUUACUGAAGGAAAUAGAGAAAUUUGAUAGAAGCGCUCCUUCUGUCUUUCAAGAGGUGGGGCUGCAGACGGACGAUGAAAUCCAAACGCUGACCCGAGACGACCUCCAGGAUCUGUUUCCCGAAAGAAAAAAUUUUAAACUAAGAAAGAACAUCUUUGAUAUAAUUUACAAACAGAGGUCAGAUGACGUCCUCCUUAGAGAGCUGAAAGAGUGUUUCUCAUUUGAGUCUUGCCGAGCCACUUUGAGGGCGAACAGCGUUCUGACUGAAUACCUCAACACGUUGAAGGAGUUAAAGACCCAAGUGAAUAAUGUCCAGAUGGUCAUUGAACGUCAUGUGGAUCAACUGGAAGAACUCAACAAAAAUCAACACCAGAAAGCCAAAAGAGGUCAAUGGUUUCCCAAAAUCUUUUCUUCAUUUGGAUCCAAAACUCCACAAACUGAUCACCAUAAACCAGCAGCAGGUUGUAAAUCUUACUGUAGUUGUCAGUUGUGUCAUUGUGAUACUCGUCCACUGUGAUACUGUAAAUUAAUUCACUGCAGAACAACAUGGCUCAUUGUGUUUGUGAC